UUCGAUCGCCUAACUUUUCCUCUCUAUUUUGAGAUGAAAUUUGUGGUGUAAAAAUCUUAUUUUCGUUGUGAAAUUUGUAAAAGAAAAGUGCCACUCUGCUGCGUCGUGUGUCUGUGUAUGUGGCUCGGGCCCAAGGCAACAAAGACAUUUUGUCGACGGUUUCUUUUUUUUAAACCAUCUCCUCCCUUGGAAUCCGUAAAACACGGGCAUUAUGGGAAGCAUGUGAGUUGGGACCGGGCGGGAGGCCCAGCUGCUGCUUAAACCCUCUCCGCCCCAGCACAGGAGCUGCUGCAAAUAUCAACAUUUUUACCUUUUUUUUCUUUUUUUCCCUAUACCAUUUUUUCCCCUUUUUCUUCUUAAGUUUCAUCCCUCUGACUUUGAUUCCUGUUCCCGUUUUUUUUUUUAAAGUGUCCUUUCCAUAUUGAGACAACACAAGUGACAAUAGAACCGUCAUCAACUUUUCAAUCGUGUUACAAAAAAAAAAAAAGAAAAACCAAAGACAGCGCGGCCAAACAUUAAAGAAUGCCCAUUCAAGCUCCUCAGUGGACUGAAUUCCUUUCUUGUCCCAUCUGCCGACACGAAUUUGACCGCAUCCAGCGUCAACCCAUCAGCCUCGCAUGCGGGCACACUCUCUGCAAGACAUGCCUUGCAAAGCUGCAUCGUCGACAAUGUCCAUUUGACCAAAGCAGUGUCAGUAUCGAAGCUGAAGACUUGCCCGUCAAUACAGCCCUGUUACAACUGAUCUCGCCUUCUAGUGUCCACCACAACAGCGAUCACCAUGAAGAUAAUCACGAAGAAGAUCAGCCUAUGGAAGAAGAAUUACAGUCAACGACGACUUUGUUAUCUUCCCUGGACAAGGAACAAUGGCAGUUGUACCGUUCCAGUCGACGCUGCGUCGAGGAGCUUGCUCUCUUCCUGAAAAUUAGCGGAGGCGUGCCUCUCCUCUCGCGUCCCAUGCAACGCAAAUUGGUGACUUUGGUCACUUGCCAACUCGCCGAAUCGGAAGGACGGGCCAGGGCCGUCCGGGCAGCUCGCUCUUUAGGUGAACGAACUGUCACCGAGCUCAUACUUCAACACCAGAAUCCGCAACAACUCUCUGCCAACCUUUGGGCAGCUGUCCGGGCUCGCGGUUGUCAGUUUCUCGGUCCGGCUAUGCAAGAGGAGGUGCUGCGACUUGUUCUGCUCGCCUUGGAAGACGGAUCGGCCUUAUCACGUAAAGUUCUCGUCAUGUUUGUUGUUCAGCGACUGGAACCCCAUUUUCCACAAGCUUCCAAGACGAGCAUUGGCCACGUCGUCCAGCUUCUCUAUCGUGCCUCAUGUUUCAAAGUAUCCAAAAGAGAAGGCGAUUCUUCAUUGAUGCAACUGAAAGAUGAAUUUAGGACUUAUGACGCCCUACGACGCGAACACGACGCCCAGAUUGUGCAAAUAGCUACCGAGGCCGGUCUGAGGAUCGCCCCCGACCAGUGGUCGUCGUUGUUGUACGGCGAUUCGGCCCACAAAUCGCACAUGCAGAGUAUCAUCGACAAACUACAAACACCACAAUCGUUCGGUCAAUCGGUGCAAGAGCUUGUCAUCGCUCUGCAACGAACGGGCGAUCCGCACAAUCUGUCCAAUUUGCGACCUAGUCUGGAACUACUUGCUGCCCUCGACCCCAGUCCGGAUGCCGCUCUCCCUAGCUGGUCAGAAUGCGAUGGAGCCUUAGAAGCGGCUCGAAUGGCCGUCCGAGGUCUCAUUGAUUUUGUUUCGUCACACGGAGGAGGAAGUAGAUCCAAUGGUCGACAAUCGGAGCAAGCUGCCCACGGAUCACAUGGCAUCAAGUACAAGACGAGCUUGUGUCGCGAUUUACUUCGCGGCGGCUGCCCUCGCGGAGCCAACUGUACAUUUGCCCACUCGGAGGAGGAGCUGGACAGGUACAGGUCACGACACCGGAAGAAUUCUGGCAAACUCAGGAAUGGAACAGGCGAAGGAAGUCUCGGUUCUCAGGAGAAUCUGGUAGUUGGCGUCGACGCAGCCGGAAUCGCCAUGAUUACCGAGACGGACCCAACCAGUUUUUAUUAUAACCCAGCUCCAGCGGACGGCACAGCCAUGUUGAGCCGACGUCCCAAUUACAGCGGCCCGCCUUACACUGCCACUCACGCUCCUUACCGUUCACGCGGACAGUACGGAGCCAGUGCCUAUCCAACUCCGCCCCCUCCGACUUAUGGCGCUGGACCGCAUCUCUACGGAGCGCCUUCUCUUCCGCCGCAACCUGAAUACGGAAUGCAGGCCCCUAUGGCCGACUAUCCCAGUCGACCCAUCGAAACAGCUCGCUUGAUUCCAUCGCUGGCCAGCCAAAGUUUGGUCGUCUUGCAGAGUCGUAAGCAAGAAAUUUUAGACCAACUGGAAAAGAUUGGCACUACCAACAGUCAGAAUAGUUCCAUUUGGAAUGGACGACCUGCAGCAGCAGCAGCAGCAGCCUCGGCUCAAGGCGCCACUGGUUAUAAUAGGGCAGAAGGAUUGUUUGAUGAUGAUUUCAUCCCAUUUGGCGCACCCAUUUGUAGCAAAUACGGCCCAAUAUCGCGUCUUUCAAGGAUCAUCCCACGACCGUCCAACCCGAUCCAGGCGGCGUCCUCCUUUGGCCAUUCGCUCACGUCAACACCCAUGAAGCGAACCCCACUGAUUUCCACCGGUCGUGACUUGGAUGAUUGGAAUGAGGGACAAGACGAAGAAGACGGUGAUGGCCAGGAGUCUAAAGGCGACUCGGUGCCACCCGCGGUGGAACCCGUGCCCGAUUUCCUUGCGGAAUCUGAGCGGAUGAAAUACGAACUGGAAUUAAUCAAGCAACAGAUUGACGAACUCAAGAUGGCGACACGCGAAGCUUCGAUCGGAUGCAUGACAGAAGGCCGCCAACGAUUAUCACGGGAGCUUCACUUGAUCGAAGAGAACAUCCGCGAGAAGGAACGCCAGUUGAGAUUGACGCAAAGGAAACGUCGCAACGUGACGACGCCAGUCCACGGCAAAGCAACACUCGACUGGGAUGUUAAAUUCUUUAACGGUUUCAGUGACCCUUUGGCAAUUACCACCGGUGACGAUGAGGAUACGGGAAUAGCAAACGGUAUGAGGGAGCUCGAACUUCGUCUGCAGCAUGAAUUGGAGGAACAAGAAUGACGUUUUGUGCAGUUCACAAACAAAGACAUUUAAGUGGUUGUUUUUCAACGAAGUGCUGCGUUUUGCUUGUUUCUUCUUCUCCCAAAUUUCACAGACUUGAUCCGUGUUGGAUCAUUUUGACAAUUCGUACACUCUUCUGUCACCGAACGUCAAUUGUAUGUUGUUUUUCCCUCUCUCACCCCCUCCCCCCGCGUCCGAGUAACUACGUCUUGGAAAAGUAUACAACAAUCCUUACCGAGUUCUGUCUCUUCAUAUGUGUUACGGUCAAUAUUUCUCUGCAUUAUAUUAAUGCGAAUCGUUACGACGGCAUUGGCGGACUGUGGCAGAGUUAUAUAGACACUUCUUUUUUCUCCUUUUUUCGCGAGAACCACUCGGACGUCGCUCUCCUCACAAUUGUCUGACCUAACCGAUUCACAUAUUCGUUACUGCAUAAAAUUAAGUUUUCCACCUUGGCUAUUGUAUUUUGCUUCCUAUGGCUCUAUACUAUUUUUCAUUCGAAGUUUACAAUUCGUGUCAAAUUUCUACUAGUAAAAAAACGAGUAUGGAAAAUUGUAGCCUUAAGAUUCCAGUAUGUCGAUUCCCCUUCGCUCGAUUGAAGACAUCGUGGUGGGCGUUCAUUGCAACCUUUAAUCUUUCUUCAAAUGCAUCUGUGGUUUUUCGUCUUUUGCGUGUGUAACAAGACGUGCUUGAUAAUAAGAUUUUCGGAAAAUGAAAAUACACAAAUCAAUCGUCA